AUGUGUUCCAUUCCUGGAUUGCCAACGCCAGGAUCCCAAGUCACAGUUCUCAUUACAAGGGUAAACCUAAAUCCUAUCUGUUCUCUAGUGGAAUUGUGGGGCAACUUUGAUCAAGAAAGGCAACAUGCUUACCAGCAAAUGAGAAGGGGAGUUCAGAUUCCCAGACAGAGGUUUUGUGAAUCAGAAGGAAACCCUGGAGACUUGUGUCUAGCUCAUCUGAAUGUAACCUGGCACAGAGCUAGGAUAAUUUCUAGACAUGGGCAUCAUUACAAUGUGUUUCUCAUUGAUGAAGGGAGAGCUCAUGUUGCUACAAACAACACCUUAGCAUGGGGUAAGAAUGACUGUUUUCUUUUACCUCCAGAAGUGGAGUUCUGUGUUCUUGCCAAUGUAUCCCCCUUAUCACAUGAAAACAAAUGGACUCCAACAGCCUCAGAUUUUUUGGAGUCUCUUUGCGGCAAAACGGUCAAUGGAAUGGUUCAGGAUGUAUUGAUGCCAGACAGAACAGUCCUCCUUUAUAUUCCAAUCAUUAACAAACAUAUGUAUGAAGUCGGCUUUGCCAGAAAGCUCCCCAGUGACAAGUUCAAACAACUUGUUCUAUUGUCUCUGAACUUGCCAAAGAGUCAGGUCUCCUCCACAGAGACAUUGCCACCUACAGUGUUACACAAACAGACUGAUGCUGGGAUAGAAAUUGAGAAGUUUCAACAAUACUUCUAUCCAGAACUGCUAACAGACUUCAUUGAGACUGUGGAAGUCACAGAGGUGAUAAACCCACAUCGUAUCUUCUGCAAACUCUCAGUUUUCUCUCAGGAGCUGAAGAAACUCUCUGAGCAGAUUGAUGAAUAUUACGAAGGAAGAUCUACUUUUUGCAAGGCAAGACAGACGGCCUCAGGCGCUCCAUGUGCAGCAAGAGGGAGCAAUGGCAAGUGGUAUCGAUCUCUGCUACAGCAGGACAUUGGAUCAGAGAGUGCUGUGGAAGUACUACAUGUCGAUAAUGGGAAGACGGACUUCGUCCAUGUGGGUGACAUCAGACCACUGGCUGCCAAGUUCUUCAGAAUGCCAGUUGUAACUUAUGUUUGCUCCCUCCACGGUAUUGAGGACAGAGGCAUUGGAUGGACAGCGGAUGAAAUCAAGUAUCUGAAAUCUGUGCUGUUGCACAAGACCGUCAUUGCCAAAUUUGAAUACCACAACUUGUCAGAAGGCAUCAACUGUGUGACACUCUAUGGAGACGACAAUGUAAACAUCAACAAACGUUUUGGAGUGAAAGAGAGAUGUCUUCUGGAGUCAGAGAGGCCUCCACCACGAGUCACAGAGGAAAGCUUUGCCACAGACAUACAAAACCGUGUGCAUCCCCUUACCACUCCACACUUUCCGUCAGCAACAGAGACUGUCCUCAAUGAACAUUGGUUCCAGGUAGGAAGCACCUUGGAAGUCAAAGUAUCUUGCAUUGAAAGUCCAGCAAAAUUCUGGUGCCAGAUAGCACAGGAGAGUACAAGUCUUCAGAUCCUUAUGCAAGAAAUGCAGUAUCAUUAUACCUCCAGUCCUCCACAGCAAAUUGAUGGAGACAUUUGUGUUGCUCUGGAUCAUGACAAUGGUAUGUGGUACAGAGCACGGAUUGUUGAGAAUGAUCAGUCUCCCCAUGUAGAUGUGCGGCUCAUAGAUUACGGACAAACCAGGCGUGUCUCUCUGCAGGACUUGCGCCCCCUGGACCCAGUGUUUCGAAGACUGAAGACCCAGGCCUUUCAGUGUUUCCUGCAGAAUCUGAACACUCCUACAAGUCCUGUUCCAGCAGAUUGGAGUGAUGCUGCCUCAUCGGAGUUCCAGAAGUUUGUAGAUUCCACUGCUGACUCUAAUGUAGGCUUGAAAUGCACCGUACAUGCAGUCAUGCGUGACACCCAAGGCUUGGUGGUUAAUAUGGUAGAUAUUGAAACACCAGUUCAAAGUGCAUGCAAACUUCUGGUUCAGAAAGGAGUAAAGACCCCAGCUCCUCUAAAAUCUCCUCCACUUUCUUCUGCGCCGCCCGACACGGAAAACUUCUCAUUACACAACAUUGAAGUUGGAGGGAAAGAGAAGGUGUGGAUAACUAGUGCAAAAAGUGUUGCUCACUUCUACGGCCAGCUUGAAAGAAAUUCUCAUGUGAUUGACAAAUUGACAAAAGAUGUUCAGUAUUUUUGCCACCAACCACUGCAGAGCACAAACUGUCUUCAAUCACUAGAAACUGUUUGUUUUGCUAAAUACACUGAUAACCAGUGGUACAGAGGACAGAUUAAAGCAACACAUCCAACCCUCCAGGUUCACUUUGUGGAUUAUGGUGACACAGUCACAUUGAGUCAAUCAGACAUCCUUUCCUGUCCUGUAGAAGCCGGCUCGCUCAUGUCAGUUCCUGUGCAAGCUGUUCUGUUUGGACUCUUCGGUGUUCCAGAAGAUGUAUCCCAAGAGGUCAACCGCUGGUUUGAAAAGCAUGCCACAGACCUGAGCUUUACCAUCACAGCGGUGGCUAAAGACUCUGGUGGAAAGCUUUUAGUUGAACUGUAUGACGGAACGACACAUAUAAAUGAGAUGGUCAGAGAGAAGCUAAAAGAGAAGCCAAGCGUUUCCCAGAACCAGGCUUUAGAUGUCUAUGCGUCCUCUAUAGUUGAACCUAACUACUUCUGGUGUCAACAUGCAAACUCUGAGGAGCUAUACAGGAUCUCAGGAAUUGUUCAAGAGUUUGUAAACUCUGCCCUGCAGGACCCUGUCCCAAUGGAUACCCUGAUCCCCAGAAGUCCUUGUCUGGCUUUCUUUGCAGAAGACAACCAAUGGUAUCGAGCUCAGAUUAUUCGCAAAACGAAUGAUCUUUUCACUGUUCUUUUUGUGGACUAUGGAAAUGAGUCCGAAAUUGAUCUUAAGGCGAUAAGGUCAAUUCCACCUCCGCUACUAGAGAGCGCCCCUCAGGCCUUUCUGUGUUCUCUGGCUGGAGUUGAGCACCCAGAAGGUGCCUGGGAUAACAACACUGUUGAUGGGUUUUAUCAGCUUAUAGUUGACAAACCACUAAAAGUUACAGUUCAGAACAUGUAUAAUAAUCUGGAAAGUUUCACCCCACAAUACCAGGUCAAAGUGGAGUGUGAGGAGCAUGUUAUCAACGACUUGAUGAGAAGUUACUUGCAUUGCUCCGAUUUGCACGUCCACAGCAAAACAGAGUGUGCUGACGAGCUCUUCUCUGACAUAGAGAGGAGUGACAGAGAGCAUAAUACACUGCUGCAAUUCUGGAAACUGGAUAUAUUCCUGGGACAGACUUUGGAUGUGUACGCCUCCUCCAUAGCGGGCCCUGGUUAUUUCUGGUGCCAGUAUGCAAACUCUGAGGAGCUUGCUGAAAUCUCUAAAGUUUGUCAGCUCAUUGGAAACUCUGAGCAUAAGGACACAGUCCUCAUGUCUACCCUGAGCCCUGGAAGUCUUUGUCUGGCUCUCUUUGCCGAAGACGAGCAAUGGUAUCGAGCUCAGAUUGUUAGCAAAAUGGAUGUUAUCUCUGUUGUCUUUGUGGAUUAUGGAAAUGAGUCAGAAACUGAUUUGAAGUCUUUGAAGUCUGUUCCACCUCAGCUACUAGAACACCCUCCUCAGGCCUUUCUGUGUUCCCUGGCUGAAUUUGAGAACUCAGAAGGCAGCUGGGAUGACAAUGCCCUUGAUGGGUUCUAUGAGCUCCUUGCUGAUAAGCUGCUGAAAGUGACAGUUCAGAAAAUGGAUAAUAAUAACAAGCUCCCCAUUCCUCAAUACCAAGUGAAAGUAGAGUGUGAGAAGCUGAUUGUGAAUGACUUCAUGAAGACUUGCUGGAGAAGCUCCCCCACCGAGUCUCAAUCAGGUUUGUAA